AUGCGAGGAUGUCUGCUGUUAGCCCGAUGGCUGAGCGCAGCGCCGAACCCUCUAGCCGCAAGCCUCAAGUCGUCGGCUGGAUUUCCGUCUCGCUAUAAUUUCAUACGGUCUUUCACAGCCUCCGCGGUGUGGAGUGCAGGCAAAUCGAAAGCACCCCCCAGAUCCCCAGACACAAACCUCGAGCACCGAAUCGCUGCGAUCCCCCUAGACCGAUAUCGAAACUUUUGCAUUGUCGCCCACGUCGAUCAUGGCAAGAGUACCCUUUCUGACCGACUUCUCGAACUUACUGGGACUAUUCAGCCUGGUUCAAAUAAGCAAGUUCUUGAUAAGCUUGAUGUUGAGCGAGAACGAGGUAUCACAGUGAAGGCGCAGACAUGUACGAUGAUAUACAAUCACAACGGCGAAGACUACCUUCUACAUCUGGUAGAUACGCCGGGUCAUGUGGAUUUCCGUGCAGAAGUGUCGCGCAGCUACGCUAGUUGCGGCGGUGCGCUCCUUCUGGUAGAUGCUAGUCAGGGCAUUCAGGCGCAAACUGUAGCCAAUUUCUACUUGGCAUUCGCGCAGGGUCUUGAGCUGAUCCCUGUUAUCAACAAGGUUGACUUGCCGUCAGCAGAUCCAGAGCGGGCUCUGGGUCAAUUGGAAAGCUCAUUCGAGCUGGAUACAGAGAAUGCGGUCAUGGUAUCGGCUAAAACUGGGUUGAAUGUGGAGGCAAUCCUGCCAACAGUUGUGGAGAAAAUUCCUGCGCCUAUCGGUGACUCAAAAAAGCCCCUUCGUAUGUUGCUGGUCGACUCUUGGUAUGAUCCCUAUAAGGGUGUGAUUCUGCUGGUGCGCGUUUUUGAUGGGGAGGUACGAGCAGGUCAGCAGCUUGUUUCCUUCGCCACGGGUCUUAAAUACUAUGUGGGCGAAGUCGGAAUCAUGUACCCUACCGAGACAGCACAAACAGUGAUUCGUGCGGGUCAAGUCGGUUAUAUCUAUUUCAACCCCGGAAUGAAGCGAAGCAAGGAGGCUAAGAUUGGCGACACAUUUACGAAAAUGGGCUUUGAAAAAGCAGUUCAGCCUCUUCCAGGUUUUGAAGAGCCAAAAUCAAUGGUUUUUGUGGCCGUCUAUCCAAUCAACGCUGAUCUUUUUGAGCAUUUGGAUGACAGCAUCAAUCAGCUCAUAUUGAAUGAUCGAAGUGUGACUGUUCAAAAAGAGUCCUCCGAAGCCUUGGGAGCUGGUUUCCGUAUGGGCUUCUUAGGGACGCUUCACUGCUCUGUAUUCGAAGAUCGUCUGCGACAGGAACAUGGUGCUAGCAUUAUCAUCACUCCUCCUUCCGUCCCCGUGAAGGUUGUAUGGAAGGAUGGCACUGAGGAAAUCAUUACCAACCCGGCAAAGUUCCCAGACGAAGACCACGUGCGACUCAAGGUUGCUGAAGUUCAGGAGCCUUAUGUACUAGCAACAUUGACUUUCCCCGAUGAAUACUUAGGCAAGGUCAUUGAGCUUUGCGAGGCUAAUCGGGGUGAGCAGGAGAGUAUCGAAUACUUCACCUCAAGUCAAGUCAUCAUGAAAUAUCAAAUUCCCUUGGCACAUCUCGUGGAUGAUUUCUUUGGGAAAUUAAAGGGUGGCACCAAGGGCUACGCCAGCUUAGACUAUGAAGAGUCUGCAUGGCGAGCAGGCAAUAUUGUCAAACUUCAGCUUUUAGUGAACAAAGUUCCUGUGGAUGCUGUUUCACGACUCAUGCAUAUGAGUCAAGUCCCUCGCCAAGCUAGGCAGUGGGUAACGAAAUUCAAAGAACACGUUGACCGACAACUCUUUGAGAUUGUCAUUCAGGCUGCGGUUGGCAAGAAAAUCAUUGCUCGUGAAACCAUCAAACCUUAUCGCAAGGAUGUCCUGGCCAAAUUACAUGCUAGUGAUGUUAGUCGACGUCGAAAGCUAUUGGAGAAACAGAAGGAGGGCCGCAAAAGACUUCGAGCCGUCGGAAACGUUGUGAUCGAACAUAAGGCAUUCCAGGCAUUUUUGUCAAAAUAA